GCUCGGGGGCGCGCAUGUCACCGUCGUGCACUUAGCGCAGCGCUGGAGGAGACAGAGGCCGGCAGUCCUAGAGAGAAGGCGGCAGUGCCGGGAUAACCGCCGAUAUUCCUGCUCACACCAUGGAGAGGCAUGAGGCGGACGUGGGCUCCUUGUCCCGGUUCUUGGACGGAGAGUUCUGGGAAAUGAAGAAUGAGCUGAGGACAGAUAUCGCUGGGAGCCCGCUCUUCCAGCAGAGAUAUGAUCUCAGUCUGGAUGAGAUUAGAGACCUGACUAUGGACAGAGUGAAAUUUACCAUGAGCAUACCACAAGUUCAGCGUGCAUUAGAUGAAAUGAUAGAUAAAAAGAAGAACUUUGUCAAUAAGAGUAUGAUAAUGGGAGAAGUCCUUUGUACAGCUGAUAUGACAACUGGAGUAAAGUGUGGAGUCAUCUGCUGGUUGUUCGGGGGAGCAGUGAUUAACCUGGGCAGCCCAAAACACAUCCAGAAAUGGUUUCUUCCAUUAAAGAAUCAGGAAUUUACAGGGAUGUUUGCAAUGACAGAGCGAGGUCAUGGCAGUAAUGUAAGAGGGAUAUUGACCGAGGCUGUGUUUGAUCCAGUGACACAGGAGUUCAUUAUACAUACCCCUUGUGAGAAUGCACAGAAGAUGUAUAUUGGCAAUACAAUGAAAGGGAAUUAUGCUGCUGUGUUUGCACAGCUAAUUAUGGAUGGAAAAUCUCAAGGGCCGCACUGUUUUAUUGUCCCAAUCCGUGACGUCAAUGGGAAUAUGUAUCCAGGAGUAGAAGCGAUAGACAUGCUGUACAAAGAAGGUCUUCAUGGUGUAGACAAUGGAAUUCUGACAUUCAAUCAAGUUCGGAUCCCGAGAGAAAACCUGCUGGACAAGUUUGGCUCAGUCUCUUCUGACGGCAAAUACAGCUCACCAAUUGAGAACAAGAGUGCCCGAUUUAAUGCAAUGCUAGCUGCGCUCACGCCUACAAGAUUAGCACUAACGUUUCAGGCUCUAGGAGCUAUGAAGCUUGGAUUGACCAUAGCCAUUCGAUAUAGUCACAGUAGGUCACAGUGGGGCCCUAAAGCGUGAGAAGAAGUCUGGAAUAUAAAUCCGCCUACCUCACGUCAUCGCUGCCUCCCUCACCUCAGCACCGCCUCCGAAAUCAUUUAUCUAUCCUGUAAUUUGUUUCUUAGAUAUGCUGCAGAAAUUUUGGACGAGGAUGUGUACCAUAAUAGAGACCUGGUAAAUAAUCGUCCUUUGCAAGCACUUGUAGCAGGUCUAAAGGCUUACAGCACAUGGGAGAAUCUGGCAUGUCUACAAGACUGCAGGGAAUGUACUGGAGGAAUGGGUUUUAUGAUGGAAAACCGAAUCCCUGGCUUAAAAUGUGACUCAGAUGUGUUUGUCACUUUUGAGGGUGACAAUGUUGUUAUGCUACAGGUGGUAGUUCGAGAACUCAUCGCACAGUACACAAGGCAAUAUGAGGAAAGCCCAGUAUUUGGUCUUCUUAGAAACUGGACCAGCUCUAUUGGCGAUAGGCUACGAACAAGUAUCUUGGCAGUCGGUUCAGAUAAAAUCAGCAACCUGACAUUCUUUUUAAAAGCUGUCAAUUUUCGGGAGAGGGUACUACAGCGCGGGCUGGCUGCCAGACUUUUCAACAAGGUAAUGUCAAGGAACGAGGAGCCUUUCUCUGCCUGGAAUUCCUGUUUGCACCAUGUUGUCACCCUGGCUUUGGCACACAUCCAUAGAGUGACCUUGGAGCAGUUUGCAUUGGCUGUGGAGUCUUGUCCUGUGCCAAAGGAUCAGAGUUUACUAAUGAAGUUUUGCCUGCUUUAUGGAACAAAGUUGAUUUACAAUGAAAGAGCCUGGUAUCUAGAACAUAAAUACCUAACGUCAGCAACCAGUAACCAGAUUAGAGACCAGUUACUGGAGCUGUGCAGGUUGGUGAAAGAUGAUGCCCUGAAGGUUGUUUCCGCUUUUAACAUACCACGUGACACCAUCCAAGCCCCUAUUGCUGGCAUUCCCAGCUUAAGGGCACAGUGGGCUUAUUACCCCCAGCCAAAAGAGGAUGACCACAAAGUGCCAAGGAAAAUCAGUGCCAAGCUAUAACCUGAUCCUGUUUACAUAGUGCUGCCAAGUAAAGUAGAAAUGAAUUAAAUGAAGUGACUCGGAAAAUGUUGAGCUUUCGUCUUCUCAAAUGCAGGAAAUUAUCAAAUUACCUUUAUAAUAAACACACAAUCCUCUUUUAAUUGUUAAUACGGAGGGAAAACACAUAUUAAAUAUAACUGGACAAAUAGAAAUGUGGGACUUUUGUAAUUUAAAAGUAGAUUGUUUUUCAUAAUAAACUGAAUACUCAAAAUCCA